ACAUAGUGGGACAUUUUAAUAAUCUCCCACCCUCCACCCCACCAGUCACCACCAACCCAACCAACAAAUGGCUUGAGGUAAAUUCGGGACCAAACCAAUAGCAAUUAGCGGGAGCUAAAAGUAAGCAGAGCAGAGGGAUCUAACAUUAACAAGCACUGAGACCGCACUCACCGCAUAGAAUUGAUAAACCAAAAUUUAUAACAUCUAACAGCAAUAAUCCUUAGCAAAGAUUCCGGAAGCUAGAGCUAUUAUUGAUGGAAAGGUUGGUGCAUUCGCGAAUCAAUCCCUUUCCUGCUACUUGCAGACAGUAUCGCUCUUGUAUUAUUCCAGCAUUAUCUCUACAGUUGAAAAAGAAUUCUGUUGGAGGGAGAAAUUUGUUUAUGAAACUUCCUCAAUCAUUCAAUUCAGUUACUGCUUCAGUUCAACCAUUAGACCCUCCCAAAGUGGACCACUUCGACAAUAGAUUGGCCUCAAAAGAGGUUCUUGAGCUCUGGAGAAGUGCUGAUGCAGUAUGCUUCGAUGUUGAUAGCACGGUAUGCCUAGAUGAGGGCAUUGAUGAACUUGCAGAGUUUUGUGGAGCUGGAAAUGCUGUUGCAGAAUGGACAGCUAAAGCAAUGAGUGGUUCUGUUCCUUUCGAGGAGGCCUUGGCAGCUAGACUAUCUCUGUUCAAGCCAUCUCUAUCUCAGGUCCACGAUUAUCUUGAGAAGCGGCCCCCAAAGCUUUCACCUGGCAUAGAUGAGUUAAUUCAGAAGCUGAAGGCUAAGGAUAAAACUGUUUAUUUUAUCUCUGGAGGCUUUCGUCAGAUGAUCAAUCCUAUUGCAUCUAUCCUUGGGAUUCCACUUGAAAAUAUAUUUGCCAACCAAAUGCUGUUUGGAAAUUCGGGGGAGUUCUCGGGUUUUGAUGCAAAUGAGCCUACUUCAAGGAGCGGAGGAAAAGCAACUGCAGUAGAGCAAAUAAGGAAGGCUCAAGGAUACAAGUCUAUGGUUAUGAUUGGGGAUGGUGCAACUGAUCUUGAGGCUCGUAAACCAGGUGGUGCUGACAUGUUUAUUUGCUAUGCGGGUGUUCAACUUCGAGAAGCUGUAGCAGUAGAAGCUGAUUGGCUGGUCUUCCAUUUUACAGAUCUAAUAAAUUCUUUGGAUUAGGUUGUGGUCUUCUGAAUUUAAAUUGCCUUGUAUUUCUUCAUUUUUUCAUACUGGUAUUCUGUUCUGUUGCAGAAGUACCUGCAUUACAUAACUGUUCUCCCCUUUUAAUGUCUCUACAGGUAUAUUGAUUUGAGGAGAUCAAUAAAAUUCAAUCUACCACCUUCUAUUUAAGGUGCUACUGUCACAAACAUCUCUGAGCUCUUUAGGCUCUAUUAUUAUUUAUUUGUUUUGAUUUGAGAAAUGCUAUUCUACGACUCGAAUUCGAGAUCUCUCUGAUUUUUUCUUUUUUCUUGUUAUUUGCAACUUAUAUAUAGUGUUUUCAGGGCUUGUGUGAUUGAUUGAUGCCUUCAGUUAAAGAAUGGCUGAAAAAUAAUUGGUCUGAUUUACUUAGAUAUCAACUAAUUUAUCACCCAUCUACAAA